AUGCUAAAUGGAUCAGCUGAUGCGACGGAAGGACUUCUCCUACUGGGAAAUGAUCUUAUGGUGAUGAAAUCGACAACGGAAAUGAAGGAUAGAACCCUCGAACACUUUUUCAUAAUCUCCGGAGUUCAUACGACCAGGGGCAAACGCCAUCUUGAGUUAUCUAGCCCCAGAGAAAGCACAACAUACCAAAAGACUGUCUUCACCGAAGAACCUGCCGGGUGCUCAGGAAUGCAAUCGUUGCCGAAUGAUCCGAUUCGGAGCAGGAGAUCAGUUCAGGACAACCAGUACAUCCCAAUUCCUCUUCAAUCUAUGCCAAAUCGUACUUUUGAUGUUAUCAAUUCGUAUGGUGCUGCCACUAAACAUUAA